AUGGCUUUCUCACAACCUCAAAUAGCUCAACAGAAUGCCGAUUUACAGUCUAUCAUUAAAUCCUUUCAAGAAACUAUGUCUCAAGUGACUAAAACUCAAGAUAAUAGUAAAAAAUCAUCUAAGAAGAGAGCAGAAGAUACUGUCAUUAAUUGCUUUUUGAGUGACUUACUAAGAAAAAAUCCAGUUAAACACCCUGCUGAUAAAUAUGAUCAUAAUUCUAUAGAAGUUAUUUCAGAUAGUUUAGCAGGAUUAAUAUUAAAUAGUGUCAUAAAAACUGCUGUUAGAUGUGCUGUUAAGAAAUCAUUAGAUCACAAAUGCUCUAUUUGUAGAAGAUUUGAACAUAAUUUCCAAAACUGCCUUCAAAAGAAGAAAAAGAGAAGUAAAAAGUCUAAAAAGGGUAAGGUUAAUCUUGCUACAGUAGAUUCAGAUUCAGAUUCAAGUACUUCCUCUGAUACUUCUUCUGGUGAUAGUUCUGACUCUGAUACAAGUUCAGAGGAUUCCUCCAAUUCUGGAGCACCUCUAAUCCAAGAAAAGAUAGAAUCUCAAUGCAAUACUUCUCCAAUUACUGAGGUUGUAUCGCUAGAUCCAGAUGAAAAAGAAGAUUUGGAUAGUCUGAUGAAGAUUGAUUUCAUUAAGAAGAAGGAGCCAAAAACAAGUGUCGCAACUGUAAAGUGUAAAAUUAAGUGCUUAAAGAUUUCAGCCAUGACAGUAGACUCUGGGACUAAACCUCCCAUUAUAACAGAAAAUAUUGUUAUAUGUGUGGGAGCUAAAAUUGAUAAAUCUGAAACACACGAUCUUAGUGGUAUUGCCACUGUUCCAGUUGAAUCUGUUGGAGUUGUUCACAAAUUACCCAUUACUCUAGCCUCAGGCUGUACUAUCCAUGAAGAUUUUAUUGUUGUAAAAUAUCAAAAGCCAAUGUUAAUAAUUUUUAAUCAGCUUUUGAAAAAAUACAAUUGCGCAUUGGAUUGA